AUGCCGGUGAAGCGCAGCGAGCGCGGAGGGAACGCGUCCAGGGGCGCGUCUGAUCCUCCCGCUCCCGACGCGGAACUUAUUGCACCCACGACGAGAUCUGGCUUGGUUCGCCAGAUGCCAGGGACCACAGGCGGGCAAGAAAUUGCUGCAGAAGGAGAAAGUGGAAUUGGAUCGCUUCCAGGGACAACCCAGGACCUGGCGCGCCAAAUUCUUGAAUAUCUUCAACCGAUCCUACGAGCAAACACUGAGCUUAGGGUGGCCAACACCGAACUUGGGGAAGAAUGCAAGCGCAUGUCAGAAGCAUACAAGAACGUCGAGGCCAUUGCGGCUGAAGCGGCGCUAUAUCGCAAGGAACUGGAAGAAUCGCGAAAAGAGGUUAAUGAGCUUCAUAAGGAGAUCGCUAGCCUUAAAGAACUCGUUCAGUCUUUACCGCUGGUGGCACCCACCACGUCGCUUAACACGCAGACCAGUAGUCCAGGGACAAGUUGGGCAUCGAUCGUUUCACAAUCGUCUUCGGCCUCGUCUAACACCCGUGCAACGCGUCCUGGGCUCGGCCUCCCUGCUGUGAUACUGGAUCUACGUGCUGCGCAAGAGGAGACCAAGGCGCUAGUUAAUGACCCGACACAGACAAGGGAGAAGAUCCGUACUGCACUCCAAUGCGACACGGCGACCGCAAGCGUAGAUAUCAGGGGGGUUAAACCGACUUCUCGCACUAGUAUCAAGAUAUUUGUCGACUCAGAGGAAAGUGUCGAGAAGCUCCACCAGGCGACGCACUGGCUGAACGCCUUACCAGGUGCUAAGCUCCAGGGUGAACAAUGGUUCCCCAUCAAACUGAACGACGUCAAAAAAGAAAGUGUCUUUGGAGUGUCGGGGAUACAACGUGAGGGUUUUGCAAGAAACUUCCAAGAUGAGAACGGUGUCACGGAGAUCAAGAAACUCAUUUGGCUGAGCGGAAAGAAACGACAAGGAUCCAUGGCCGUCUACCUCUCCAAACAAGCGGACGCAGAAGCACUGCUCAGCCGCCGUAUUGCCCACGUGUAUGGGGAAGCGGUUUUUUCGGAUACGUUUUAUGAGCGACCGCGUCCACUUCGAUGCCGCAAAUGUCAACAAUAUAACCACAAAGAAGACCGGUGCCCGAACUCAGUAGCCUGCGACGAACAGGUCUCCCUCCGCAUGGUAGCCAGUAGGACAUUACGUGUCGCUCAGGCUAACCUAAGGAGGGGACCGGAAACGCAACUUAGCUUGCUGAACGAUCAAUCACUACGAUCGUGCGAUUUACUGUUGAUUUCAGAACCAUAUGUUUUCUUGAUGAACGGCGCUAUAUGCUCCCAUGCGCACACUCAUUGGACACCACUUUGGCCCUCACAGCGGCAUCAGUCAUCCGGGAGAAUGAGACCGUACCGCAGUAUGAUAUGGGUGAACAAAAUGACAUUCCCACACAGACAAAUCGAUGUCUCAUCUCCCGAUAUUACAGCCGUGCUUAUAUUUACCCCGUCUCCAAUACUCAUAGUAUCCGUAUACGUUCCCCCAGAGGGAGGCCCAAAUGGCGUACGGUCAUUAACGCAAGUCCUCGAGAUAAUCCGCUAUACAUAUCAACGGGUCCGAUGCGACCACACGGACAAUGUCGACAUUCUAAUUGCGGGGGACUUUAACCGCCAUGACCAGCUCUGGGGGGGAGACCAAGUGGCCACGCACAUCCGUCAAGGAGAGGCAGAGCCAAUUCUACUCCUGAUGGCGGACUGGGACCUGACAAGCUUACUCCCACGUGGGACCAUCACCUUCGAGGAAGGGCCCUGGCGGUCAACCAUUGAUCUUGUCCUCGCGUCUAGGGGUCUAGGUAGACGGAUGACAGAGUGUGGCAUCCACCCGGUUGAACAUGGGUCAGACCACCGCGCAAUUAUCACGACCUUCUUGAGCGAUGCGCAGAAACCAACAGUCUCCGGACCGGGCCGUCCCUUAUUUCGCGAGGCACCGUGGGCCGAUAUCAACAGGGAAUUGAAGGACCUAGAGACAGAGGUGCCGGAUAUCACCACCCGGGCAGAACUAAACUCCACGGUGGACCACCUGACUAAUAGAGUCAGUCAAGCCGUUCGGCUACUGGUUCCAAUCGCUCGUCCGUCUCCGUACAGCAAGAGAUGGUGGACGCCCGAGUUAACCGUGCUACGAGAUACGUAUACGAGGGCCCGGAAUCGGUGCACUCAAUCUCAGCGAUAUGGAGUGACGGUGGCCGAGUUAGAGGAUACCGUAUCUGACCUAAGGAGGCAGUACCACAGGGCCAUCCGAGACGCAAAGAGACAUCACUGGCGGGAGUUCCUGAACAACAGUGACAACAUCUGGAAAGCGGCCAGAUAUCUAGAGCCCGGAGAACGAUCUAUAGGGGCUAUCCCUACACUACGCUCGAAUAAUCAGACGUUUGACAACGAUCAGGAAAAGGCCUAUGCGCUCCUACAAGCCUUUUUCCCUCCGUUACCGAAUAUCCUAGAUGAGCCACAGGAGGAAAGGCAGCAGCCCGACCCUCUUCCGAUGGAAACGAUCGCGCCGCACGAAGUCGAAGCCGCCCUGAUGAAAAUGGCUCCAUGGAAAGCCCCAGGGCCCGACGGACUCCCGGCCGUAGUAUGGCAACAAAUCUGGUCAACCGUGAAACACUGGGUCACCGAGAUCCUUCAAGCAUCCCUCCGAUUUGCAUACUUCCCGAAAGCGUGGAGAGUGGCUAAGAUUGUGGUACUACUAAAGGGAGGACGGGACCCAUCAUUACCGAAGUCAUACCGUCCUAUCUCGCUGUUGGCUACACUUGGAAAAGUGCUAGAAGCAGUAGUCGCCAAUAGGAUCUCAACACUAGUCGAAAAGCACCAAUUACUGCCCGCGAAUCACUUCGGUGCUCGACGGAGGCGGUCAUGCGAACAAGCACUUAACGUCCUUGUGGAAAAGAUACACGAUGCGUGGCGUGAGGGCAAGGUUCUAAGCUUGGUGAGCUUCGACGUGAAAGGCGCAUACAAUGGAGUGGAUGGGCGGGUGCUAUUGCGGAGACUACGUGAGCGGCGGAUUCCACUCAUCCUCGUUCGGUGGAUCGACAGCUUCUGCUUCGCGCGGCGCGCUUCGAUCGUAGUAAAUAGGUACCAGUCCGAAGAAGUGGAUAUCCGACACGCAGGGCUUCCACAAGGCUCGCCGCUCUCGCCUAUCCUCUUUCUUUUCUUUAAUGCGAACCUAGUGGAUGUUCCUAUCACGAGGAGGAAAGGUGCCAUCGCAUUCGUCGACGAUUACACACGUUGGACAGUGGGCCUAUCUGCAGAAGCGAACACGAUAACGCUUCAGAAGAAGGUUAUCCCGCGGGCGUUAGAGUGGGCGGCACGAUCCGGCGCAGCCUUUGAGGCCGAAAAGACAUCCUUCAUCCACUUCACGAGGAACCUACGGCUACGGCAACUCCCUGCUACUCCGUUAUACGUGGACGGUGCGGCAGUCACGCCGGCGCCUGAGGUGAAGAUCCUCGGCGUGUUACUCGACCAGGAACUUCGAUUCAAGUCUCAUAUUGGAAAAGCAGCUAGCAAGGGAAUGAAGGCCAUUCUAGCACUAAGGCGCCUCCGCGGCUUGCCGCCGUCGGUUGCCCGGCAGUUGUUUAUCGCUACAGUUGCGUCCAAGAUUGACUAUGCAGCGUCCGUGUGGUGCCCUGCCCGAAAGGAUACUGUUAUUCCCCCUGGAAUCGGACGGCUGUUUGAAUCUAUUCAGCGGAUCGCAGCCCAAGCAAUAAUUGGCGUAAUACGAACCACAGCCCUCGCGAUUGCCGAGGCCGAGGCUGGGAUCGAAUCGACCUACAUACGGCUACGUGCCCGGAUCAUAAAGCACUGGAUUAACUGCCACACACUGCCGAAGGACCACCCCUUCUGGCAGUGCCGAGCAGCGGCGGUUACACAAGAUAGCAUGUACCCGUCGCCUUUCAAGAUUCUAGCGGUGCAUGGUCCACAGUGCUUAUCAGACAUGGAGGUCAUUCGGCCUUUUCCACUAGACCCGUGGCAACAGUCACUCUGUGAGUUGAUUACAUCGCGUGGAUCUGCUCUAGAUGAUCUACACGAGGCCAGCUGUGCCCGCCUUUGGCUAUAUACCAGUGUCAGCGUCCGUAACGGUUUAGUCGGAACGGGCUUGGUCGUCCGUGUUAAUCAAGCCGACAUUGCCACAUCAAGCCGGACGGUGGGCAGCGACGACGUGCUUAACGCCCACUACGCCCAGCUUGGGGCCAUAUUAGAAGCAUGCUUGUAUGUCCGACAGAUGCUUCACCGUAUCCAGAUGUCACCGUGGAAAAUACAGACGAUAUUUGUUGUGAGCAACCCUACUGUUUUGCAAUCACUUGCGAAACCGCACCUCCAAGGUGGCCAGACUCUUAUCACCCAAGUCACCGGCGCAAUUACUCAGCUGUCUGAGAUGGGUCCGAGGAUUUAUUUACGACCGGCACGGGAGGAGCCGGGAGAAGGCGCGAAGAAAUCGCACAACCUUGCGCGCGAUGCCACAACCGAGAGUAGGGCACCUGAUCCUCCACCAUGGGCGAAGAUCCAGCUUCGAGCGUCAGCGCUACGUUGGGCACGCUCGAGCGCAGUAGAACACCGAAAGAGCGUUUUCCGACAGUCCGUAGUUAGCCAGUACACUCGCCAGCUGGAUUCAGCCCUCCCGGGCCCGCAUACGAAGAUAAUUUAUGAUUGCUUCGACCAGGAGAAAGCAUCUGUUCUAGCCCAACUUCGCACAGGGCACGCUAGGCUUAACGGAUAUCUUCAUCGAAUUGGUCAGAGCGAAAGCGACUUAUGCGCAUGCGGUGUUGAACGUGAGACAGUGCAGCACUUCCUGCUCCUGUGCACGCAAUGGAACGAACAACGUCGCGCCCUCAUCGACGCGGCUGGCUCCAACUACGGUAGUCUGUCAUAUAUGCUAGGUGGUAAACCGGAUAGUGUGGAGGUUACGGGUGAGCAGAACGGGAGACCGUGGAAACCUGAUAUCAAGGUCGUCAAAGCAGUUGUCGCAUUUGCAGUUGAGACGAAAAGGCUGGCGUACGGAGGGUGCUGA